AUGAAGCUUUUCUCGCAAUUUCUUACCCUCGCUGCAGCAUUGCUAGUUACUGGUGACCAAUCGCAGAGCACUAGGACGAGUAGCGCAGAGUACCCAAUUGCACCGAGCCCUUACCCAGCUGUAUGGGAUUUGUCCUCGUCGGUUCCCAGGAAAAGCCCAUUGCACACCUCGUCUCUAGUGACCCCAUCAAGCUUCGGUCACAGGAAUCACUUGGCGACUAAGACUCCUACCCUCAAAAAAGUGGCAAGUAUAGACCCCGUAGACUCGACUGUCACUAUUUCACUGGACGCUCCUUCGAUUCCGUGGUUUCCAACCGACGUCUCCACGGAAUUAUUUCUUUCACUGAGCAGAUGCGACCUAGUACGAGACGGUUACAAUACGUACACGACUUCUUCAGUUUCCUGGACAUCAUGGCUGACAAGCACGACUCGAGCUACCAAUGACACGCCGGUGAUCACGCUCUGCGAUGGAAUCCCUCGCGGCGGCCUUUUGACCGAACAUGGCUGGGAAAGCUCAGAGACCACGUUUGUUGUCACCAAAUCAUCUUACAAUUGCAAUGCCACUGUGGCUCCAUCAUGCUCGCUCAACUCCAAAGACUGUACCAAGCUCUGGUCUCUAUGGAGUCGGAAAUCGAGCUGGUCUAGGACGCAGACGGCGACAGAUGAUGUCAACUUCCACGCAGAUCCCGACUACUGGCAACCCAGCUGUGCGAGACCCGACACUUGCGCUGAGGCGUGCUUCAUCUGGGGGACUGAUUAUGUGGACCUGUACUAUUGGCCUGAGUCGUGGUCAACGGACGUAAUCUGCAGCGGCUCCAACGGUACUCGCUCCGAUCCCACUGAACGGCGGUCAACGGCAGUCCAAGUAACUACAACGGUCGGCACCUUCACCAUGACGUCACCGACUGCGUACCUCUACUUCUCCACCAUGUACGCACGCGACUCGAACGCUUCGGAUGCGCAGACAUGUGGACACGACAUGUCCUCGGUCUGGGUACCUGUCCCCCCAGGCGAGCUUUCUAGCCUUCCACACGACCGCUUAUCCGGCCAAGCCCAGUCCUUCAACUUUGCACAUCUAGCCAAAUCAACCGUCUCUGGUUACGAGAUCCCGUUGGUUCCUAGCAGCGCGUACUGGUGGCCUAAUUCGUGCUCUGGGGAUAGUAAUGGCUCCUGCGCGCCCGCGACGAUCCGCGACGAUUACAAGCCAAAUCUACUAUACCAGACCUCGCUGCAGAAUUUGCAACCAAACUGGGGCUCUUGCAAACCAGUAUGGCAGAUGCGCGGAUUCUGUGGCAUGCGGGAUCCGCCUGUCGUGCUGAAGACUGCCGACCAUCUUGUCCGCCGCUCACUUACAACCACAACGAAGGCCGUUAGCUACCCAAGCACAUUUCCUAACACAAGCACGAUUGCUCAACCACUACAAAUCGCGUCGAAUCUCUUACCUACAAACAAAGGAAAGAACUGUUGCAAUGCGUGA